UGCUAUCAGGAUUAUUUUCAUCAUUUAAAAUUGUGGCCAAACAUGCCCAUAUAUAUUCCUCUUUCUGUCAAAAUUGCCGUCACAGCCGGAGCUCUUAUUGGCGGCGCUGUUGCCCUUGGAACAAACAAGGAACGUCUUUUAGAUGCUGCAGAACAAAUCUUCCAAGCUGGGGCUACCUUUUGUAAACACCAGAAGGAAAAAGUGAAACAAGCCAACAUGGCUUUUGCCGAUAGUCAUAGUGACGGGUCAUUUGAAUACCGUGAGUCUGGGACAAUGUCUGAGUUUUCCAGUGGACAAAGUACCCCUGACAUCUCUGAUGAUGAAGAAGAUGAAGAAGUUGACCCUGAAGAUUUUAGAAAAGAUCUUUACAUUGAUGAGCUUGAAUACGAUUUGGAUUGAAAAAAAAAAAGGGAUGGGAAAAUUUGGUAACGGACUGGAUUUCAUUACAUUUGGGUUUAUAAGAAUAUCUAAAAAUUUUAGUUUAAUUAAAUAUGGUGGAUUAGA